CUAAAGUGUUGUCGAGCUGUUGUACGUGUCUCUCUGUCUCAGAGUACAUGCAGUAAAAUGGCAGAAGCCAGUAUUUCAUGGGCUCAUGAGCAGUUCUGCUGUUCUAUCUGUCUGGAUCUCCUGAAGGAUCCAGUGACCAUUAACUGUGGACACAGUUACUGUAUGAACUGUAUUACAGACUGCUGGAAUCAGGAUGAUCUGAAGGGAGUCUACAGCUGCCCUCAGUGCAGACAAACCUUCACCACAAGACCUGCUUUAGGGAAGAAUGUGGUGUUUGCUGAAAUGGUGGAGAAACUGAAGAAGACGAAACUCCAAACUGCUGUUUCUGCUCACUGUUACGCUGGAGCUGGAGAUGUGGAGUGUGACGUCUGUACUGGAAGAAAACACAAAGCUGUCAAGUCCUGUCUGGAGUGUCUGAACUCUUACUGUCAAGAUCAUCUUGAACAACAUGAGAAUCUCUUUCGAAAUAAGAGACACAGUCUGAUGGAUGCUACCGGACGACUCCAGGAGAUGAUCUGCGGUCAACACAAUAAGCUUCUGGAGGUGUUUUGUCGCACUGAUCAGAAGUGUAUCUGUGUGCUGUGCCCGAUGGAUGAUCACAAAAACCACGACACUGUAUCAGCUGCUGCCGAGAGGACUAAGAAACAGAGUCACUUGGAGGAGACACAGAAGAAAUCCCAACAGAGAAUCCAGGAGAGCGAGAAAAAGAUGGAGGAGUUGAGAAGAGCUGUGGAGUCUCACAAGCGCUCUGCACAGACAGCAGUGGAGGACAGUGAGAGGAUCUUUACUGAACUCAUGCGCUCCAUUGAGAGAAGACGCUCUGAGGUGACACAGCUGAUCAGAGAUCAGGAAAAGGCUGCAGUGAGUCGAGCUGAAGGACUCUUGGAGCGACUGGAGCAGGAGAUUGCUGAUCUGAGGAGGAGAGACACUGAGCUGGAGCAGCUUUCACACACACAUGAUCACAUCCACUUCCUGCAGAGUUUUCAGUCUUUCUCUGCAGGAUCUCCAGUCUUACCCAACAUCACUGUCAGUUCUCUUCUGACUUUUGAUGAGGUGAUCAAAUCUGUCUCUCAACUCAAACAACAACUGGAGGAUUUCUGUGGAGAACACAUGGAAAAGAUAUCUGAGAGAGUCACAGACAUUACAAUUAUUCCUACUGAUGAACCCAAGACCAGGAAUCAAUUUCUACAAUAUUUCCGUCAGCUCACAGUGGAUCUAAACACAGUGAAUAAACGUCUCCGUCUGUCUGAAGAGAACAGAGUGAUUACUCGCACUGACACACUCCAGCAGUAUCCUGAUCAUCCAGAUAGAUUUGAUUUUUAUCAUCAGGUGUUGUGUAGAGAGAGUGUGUGUGGACGCUGUUACUGGGAGAUCGAGUGGAGUGGGAGUCGUGGUGUGGAAAUAUCAGUGUCAUAUAAGAGCAUCAGCAGGAAGGGACGGGGUAAUGAGUGUGUGUUUGGAUAUAAUGAUCAGUCCUGGAGUUUGUUCUGUUCUCCCUCCAGUUACUCAUUCAUUCACAAUAACAUAAAGACUGAUCUCUCUGUCCCCUCCAGCUGUUGUAGAAUAGGAGUGUAUGUGGAUCACAGUGCAGGAACUCUGUCCUUCUACAGCGUCUCUGACACACUGACCCUCAUCCACAGAGUCCACACCACAUUCACUCAACCUCUAUAUCCUGGGUUUUAUAUUUAUUAUAGGGGAUCAUCAGUGAAACUGUGUGAUGGAACAAUGUGAUACAAAGAUUGUACUAAAAAUACUAGAAUAUUACACAGUGAUUACACGACCAUGUGACUGGAUUUUAUGUAUCCAAUCGAUCUACACUGUCUGGCAGAACAAGAGAGUUUCAUACUCUAAUAUUUCGUUGGACCGCCUUUAUUUGAUUAUGGCGCAUUCGUCAUGGCAUUGUUUUGACAAACUUAUGCAACGUCACAUUCAUUUUUGUGUGAGAUUUUCAAUUGAUGACAGGAGCGUCGAACCACUCCGUAAAGUCUUCUCCAGCACAUCCCAAACAUUCGGAAUAUGUCCGUUCUGUGAUACAAGAUUGUUUUUGCUUAAAUCAUGUUUUUUUGUACUCUAUUUAAACAAUGAAAUAAAUUGAAAGUGUUAAUUGGGUAUUUUAAGUUACCGGUCCACAUCUGUUCAAAUACUGUACAAAGUAAAGCAAGUCUGUGCGCAACUAUUGUCCUUUUUUAGCCUGAAAAACAAACAUAUCUAUAUCUGUAAUCGCUUAUGUUCCUCUUUUGUCAGUUGCUUUGGUUAAGUUCUACUAAAUGUAUGUAAAAUAAAUGAUGUUUAGAAUCCCAUGUGAGAAACUCAUUCCUACAUUGAUCUUCUGGUUCAUGAUAUGAUACGAGUAUUGCUGCAGUUUAUACUGGAUCAAACACAACUGCUUCCUUGUCAAAUUACAAUGAUAUCUUAUAUCAGCAGCAGUACAUCUGAUCUGAGAUCAGACUCUCUAAAGCCAGUGGGGCAGUCCACAAUAACACUAGUGAAACGCUGCCAGAGUGAACACCUCUUUACACAAACUAACCACAUUUGACAUGUGCCUGACAUUUACAGUUAAAUCUGAAAUAAAUACACCACAAUAAUACAUCAGUUUGGAAAAAUACACAGCAGUGGUGUGUGGGUGCACGACCACUCACAGAAGCAGCAGAAAUGAUGUCUAAAGUAAUA